CAGCCGGUCUUGCGCUCGCACUUUCGCGGCUGUGUCCGUCAGCUACCGCGCGCUUUAGCUUGGACUAGAUCCACGAAAACCCGGAUAUUUCGUUGUCGUCUGCUUGUCCUGUGCGCGCUGUCGUCCGCUUCGAGUGAUUACAUUCAUCUGCACCAGUGAUUACACACGUCACAAUGGAGGGUGGAUCGCCGACAGCCAACGGUGACGGUCCAGUGGUGCCGUCAUCUGUGACCAAGACAGGCUGGGUGCGCACCAGUGCCAGCAUGAACCCGAACCUGUACGCCACCAAGAAGACACUGGCGCAGGGCAUGCUCGACGUGGCCCUGCUGUCGGUCAACGCCACCCAGCUGAAGACCAUCAUACAGCGCGGGGACGACCACGACUUCUACACCGUGCUCGUGGUGCUCAUCAGCUUCUCCAUCGCGUUACAGAUCUUGGUGGGCAUGGUUUUUCUCGUGCUGGGUUUCAUCAACCUGAACAAGGACAAGAACCACCGGAUGGCCGAGAUCCUCAACAACAUUGCCACAGCAGCCGUCUUCGCUGUUACGGUGCUCAACAUCUUGACGGCCUCCUUCGACAGCCGCAACGGAAUCGAGGGCACGACCUUCCAGCGGAGGCCCAGCCAGGCCCAGCCUUUGGUUCCACGAUGAACUCAACAAUGUUGUUUUGCUUUGGGCCUACGAAAAGAAAACAGCGAGUUUUAGUGCCACGGAGCCCAAGCCGCUUGAUUACAUGCGCUCUCGCGUUCCUUUGUACUUCCAGCCCCACCCAAGGAGAAUACCAAGGAACGCAAGGGCGCACGUACAUAUGCCGCUUCGGGGCCCCGGCACUAAAAUUGUCUUAUGAAAACACAAUGUUCGUGCGGUCGGUUUCCAUAUAUGCCAGUACACUUUAUGAGUAGCGCAUGGAGUAUUAUAUUAUCACAAACACACACACAUUUUAUCGCUGAUGAAACACUGAUGGGAGUAGAAAGCCUUCACUUGCCUUUUCUCGACGGCCAAAAACGCAUUUUCGCAUUGCAAGGAACACGAAAACGAGACAUGCCAGAACUCUUGGUUCGGCCAAAGUCAACGAUAUCUCAUGUUCCGCACAGGUUCAUCGAGACCUAUUUCGUGUAGCUGCUGAGCGCGAAGCCGUGGGUUCGAUUUUCGGCCAUGGUGCAGGUAUUCCUGCGUAAAAGAAAUGCAAAAACAGAACCGAUCGCUUGUGUAUGUAGACUGAAAUACACGAAAAAUAAAACUCAAGUGGUCCAACUUUCCGUAAAGCCCGUCCAAACAGUUUCCCUCAUAAUCACAUCUGCAGUUUCGCGUCGUUAUAAGCCCAAUAAACUUGACCAGAAGGUCGCGGGAUCAAAUCCCGGCCGCCACGGCCGCAUUUCUGGUGGAGUCGUAAAUGCUAGAGGUCAGUGUAGUUAGAUGCAGGCGCACAUUCAAGAAGCCCAGGUCGUCGAAAGUUCCCGAGCCCUAUGCUAUAGCGUCUCAUAAUCAUAUCGCGGUUUUGGGACGUAAAAUCCCAAGAAUUAAUAUAUUAUUAGUAAAACGAAUAAACUUAUUGACGUGAGCAACCUUUCUCUGUUGUACUUACACGAGGAGCCGGAAGCUUUGCGGACCUAAAGCGACCUUAUUUUGACUCCUGAAAACGGCUCUUGAGCAGACCCAUAGCCGGGGGUAGGAGGUGGGUCCUAACCCCUCCCCCCCACCCCCCCGGAAUUUUGGUAAUGUAGGUAUUUUACCAAAAAUAAAUAAUGAAAAUAGGUGUUUUUCUCAAAUAGUCAAGGCUUACAGCAAGUGCCCCCCUCCUCCCCAGAAAAAAAUUGCUGGCUACGGGCCUGCUCUUGAGUCUAGUGCAUUUCGUAGGGAAAAAUCUGUGCCUCAUAUAUGUAGAAGACAAGGACAUUAUGAGCAGCCCAGUGAGCAGUUUUGUUUCGAGAGGGCGUACUUGGAGUACUUAAACAUAAAGGGUGCCAAAACAAAGGGAGCGCCUUCGGGAGUGGCAGAUAUUAGGACGUCGAGACGAGAUGAGGAAAAUGUGUACGCAUGGGAUGGGCUCGGAUGUUGCAGAUUAGUGCUUAAUGUCGGUCACUAUGCCUUGGCGGCAGUGGUCUGAAAUUGGUAUGGUGGUAGCGGUCGCGAGAGAGAGCGAAACGAAGCGGGAGAGAGGCUAUAGGAAAGGACGUCUCCAGCUGGAUACCGUACAGGAGCAGGACAUUGCGAUACACAUGUAACAAAGGGAAGAAAAAUAAUGGAAAUUAAGUUAAUGCAUGCCCAACCGAGGAAUGUUCACUAAAAGUGCACGAGCGUUCGUGUAAUUUGAGAGGAUGAUCAACUCUGUACUUUCAUACCUGAAAUAAAUGUCGGUUCUA